AGUAACGUAAGCGCUGUGUUGUACGUAGCCUUAUGCACGCAGGGGGAGUGAGAGGAGCAUGAAUGGAGCAAAAUGGCGGAUCAUGUGCAGAGCCUAGCCCAGCUAGAGAUCCUGUGUAAGCAGCUAUACGAGACGACAGAUACGAGCACGCGACUGCAGGCCGAGAAAGCGCUCGUCGAGUUCACCAACAGUCCAGAGUGUCUGAGUAAAUGCCAGCUACUGUUGGAGAGAGGCAGCUCGUCUUAUUCUCAGCUACUCGCAGCCACGUGCCUCUCCAAGCUGGUGUCUCGUACAAGCAACCCUCUGCCACUGGAACAGCGCAUCGACAUCCGUAAUUACGUGCUGAACUACCUGGCGACACGGCCGAAACUCGCCGCGUUCGUCACCCAGGCACUGAUUCAGCUCUACGCCCGAAUCACUAAACUCGGCUGGUUCGACUGUCAGAAGGAGGAUUACGUCUUCAGGAAUGUCAUCGUGGACGUCACGAGGUUUCUGCAGGACAGUGUUGAGCACUGCAUUAUCGGAGUCACGAUUCUUUCCCAGUUAACCAAUGAGAUUAACCAAGCCGAUACGACACAUCCGCUCACAAAACACAGGAAGAUUGCGUCAUCGUUCAGAGAUUCUUCUCUGUUUGACAUCUUCACACUUUCCUGCAAUCUUCUCAAACAGGCGUCGGGAAAGAACCUGAACCUGAACGAUGAAGGUCAGCAUGGUUUGCUCAUGCAGCUCCUGAAACUCGCUCACAACUGCCUCAACUUCGAUUUCAUCGGCACGUCCACGGACGAGUCGUCAGACGACCUGUGCACCGUCCAGAUCCCCACCAGCUGGAGAUCAGCCUUUCUGGACUCAUCGACACUGCAGCUGUUUUUUGAUCUGUACCAUUCCAUCCCUCCAUCCCUCUCUCCCCUGGUUUUAUCCUGCUUAGUUCAGAUCGCGUCGGUCCGGCGUUCACUGUUCAACAACGCUGAGCGGGCCAAAUUCCUUUCCCAUCUAGUGGAUGGAGUUAAGAGAAUAUUGGAGAACCCACAGAGUUUAUCGGACCCAAAUAAUUACCAUGAGUUUUGCCGCUUGCUGGCCCGACUGAAGAGUAACUAUCAGCUUGGCGAGUUGGUGAAAGUGGAAAAUUAUCCUGAAGUUAUCAGACUUAUCGCGAACUUCACCGUCACCAGCUUGCAGCACUGGGAGUUUGCGCCCAACAGUGUUCACUACCUGUUGAGCCUGUGGCAGCGCUUAGCCGCAUCCGUGCCCUAUGUUAAAGCCACAGAGCCUCACAUGCUGGAGACGUUCACGCCCGAAGUGACCAAAGCUUACAUCACGUCCCGUCUGGAGUCCGUGCACAUCAUCCUGAGGGAUGGGAUGGAGGACCCGCUGGAUGACGCCGGUUUGGUGCAGCAGCAGCUGGAUCAGCUCUCCACCAUCGGCCGCUGCGAGUACGAGAAAACCUGCGCUCUGCUUGUCCAGCUGUUCGACCAAUCAGCUCAGUCCUAUCAAGAGCUCCUCCAAUCAAACUCCAGUACCAUGGACGCUGCCGUGCAGGAGGGGCGUUUAACGUGGUUGGUGUACAUUAUCGGGGCAGUUAUCGGGGGCAGGGUUUCCUUCGCCAGCACAGACGAGCAGGACGCCAUGGACGGAGAACUUGUGUGCCGCGUUUUGCAGCUGAUGAACCUGACCGAUUCUCGGCUCGCGCAGGCCGGGAACGAGAAACUGGAGCUCGCCAUGCUCAGCUUUUUCGAACAAUUCCGCAAAAUCUACAUUGGAGACCAGGUGCAAAAAUCCUCGAAGCUGUACCGGCGGCUUUCAGAGGUGUUGGGACUCAACGAUGAGACGAUGGUGCUCAGUGUGUUUAUCGGCAAAAUAAUCACUAAUCUGAAGUACUGGGGACAGUGUGAACCAAUCACAUCCAAAACACUACAGCUUCUCAACGAUCUGUCCAUCGGGUAUAGCAGUGUGAGGAAACUGGUGAAGCUCAGUGCCGUCCAGUUCAUGCUCAACAACCACACGAGUGAACACUUCUCCUUCCUGGGUGUGAACAAUCAGUCCAAUCUGAGUGAUAUGAGAUGUAGAACCACGUUUUACACAGCAUUAGGACGCCUGCUUAUGGUCGAUCUGGGUGAGGAUGAGGACCAGUUUGAGCAGUUUAUGCUUCCUCUGACUGGCGCAUUUGAAGCUGUUGCUCAGAUGUUCAGCACAAACACCUUCAACGAGCAGGAGGCCAAGAGGACGUUGGUGGGUUUGGUGAGGGAUCUGAGAGGCAUCGCCUUUGCCUUUAAUGCCAAAACCAGCUUUAUGAUGCUGUUUGAUUGGAUCUACCCAUCGUACAUCCCAAUCCUCCAGCGUGCUAUAGAGCUGUGGUAUCAUGUUCCAGCUUGCACAACGCCUGUGCUCAAACUCAUGGCUGAGCUCGUGCAUAACAGGUCUCAGAGGUUACUGUUCGACGUCUCCUCGCCAAAUGGGAUCCUGUUGUUCCGAGAAACGAGCAAAAUGAUAACGACGUAUGGGAACCGGAUCCUGACUCUGGGUGAAGUGCCGAAGGAACAGGUCUACGCGCUGAAGCUGAAAGGGAUUUCCAUCUGCUUCUCCAUGCUGAAAGCCGUGCUUAGCGGAAACUACGUCAACUUUGGCGUGUUCCGUCUCUACGGCGACGAUGCACUCGAUAACGCGCUCCAAACCUUCAUUAAACUGCUGCUGUCCAUCCCGCACAGCGACCUGCUGGACUAUCCAAAGCUCAGUCAGUCAUAUUACUCUCUGCUGGAGGUGCUGACGCAGGAUCAUAUGAACUUUAUCGCCAGCCUCGAACCUCACGUUGUCCUGUACAUUCUGUCAUCCAUUUCAGAAGGACUCACAGCUCUUGAUACGAUGGUGUGUACAGGCUGCUGUUCGAGCCUCGAUCACAUAGUGACGUAUUUGUUCAAGCAGUUGUCGCGCAGCACCAAGAAGAGAGCGGCUCCCAUGGCCCAGGAGAGCGACCGUUUCUUCCACAUCAUGCAGCAGCACCCAGAGAUGAUCCAGCAGAUGCUCUCCACAGUACUGAAUAUCAUCAUUUUUGAAGACUGCAGGAAUCAGUGGUCCAUGUCUCGGCCUCUGCUCGGCCUCAUCUUACUAAAUGAGAAGUAUUUUGCUGAUUUAAGAAACAGCAUUGUGAACAGUCAACCUCCAGAGAAACAGCAGGCCAUGCACUUAUGCUUUGAAAAUCUAAUGGAGGGUAUCGAGCGCAACUUGCUUACUAAAAACCGUGACAGGUUCACGCAGAAUCUUUCAGUAUUUAGGAGAGAAGUGAACGACUCCAUGAAGAAUUCCACGUACGGUGUCAACAGCAACGACAUGAUGAGCUGACAUUCCACUCUGCUGCAGGCUCCACCCACUCAACUAGUUCCCACCUCUGGAGCCCACAGGCCCCUCCCUCCCUCCCCUCCCCCCACACACUCCACUCUUCCUUCCUCCCUUUUUAUAUAUACACAUAUAAAUAUAUACAUAUUUUAAAGCCAGUUUCCAGAACCCAUGAGAGUAAGGGACGGUGUGUAUUGGGGUGGCGUGUGUUUGCGUUUGUGUUUGCGAGCGUGGUUCGGAACAGGGUUGGGGUGUGUGUGUGUGUGUGUGUGUGUGAGAGAGAAAUGCUAUGAUAUGGACUUGUAGAUUGGCAUCAGCUCAUGUGUUUAGAGUGUGUGGUGGUGUUUGGUUUUUUUUUUUGUUUGUUUGUUUGUUUGUUUUCUUCCAGCUCUGUGGGAUGAUAAGGGAGGUGGGAAGUGUGUGUGUGGGGGGGGGAGCGAGCUGCUCUGCUUCUGCCUGCCUUGUAUAGAAACACGCAAGAGGAGAAAGUGUACAUUUUUUUUUUUUGUCAUAACAAUUUUUGAUGAUGUUUAUAAUGAUUACAAAAUUAAGGACAAAAAAAAAAGUGUGAUUGGGUCAAAACCAGAUCUUUUUACAGUGUAGUUAGUGCAGCUGUGCUGAAAGUGUGGCUUGUCUGUGUGGAGAAACGGAGUGACUGAAGGAGUUUAUCGGUGUUUGUGUUGAGAAUUAGGGAAUUGGAGGAUUUCCAGGUUUUAACUGAUGUACAUUUUUCCUCAAAAUGAACCUGAAGGAGUGAAAAGCGCCGGAAACUGUAAAUAAACAUUUUUGACGUGCAGCAAUGCCUGUUUAUGGCCACAAGGGGGCACUUGUGUGGCGAGUCAGUUUGGAAAGGCAGUGUAUUUCAAGAACCGGUCUUAACACAACUUAUUGAAUUUGCAGCAUCUUCAUUUCGGGUCUGUGCACUGCUUUUAGCCACCUGUGUCGAGUUCCCCGGCUGACUCAGAAGUGUGGUGUUGAUAUUUUUCAGUGCUCGACUUGGGCGGCCAUAUUUCUUUCGAGAACUCUUAAUUUCAUUCCCACUCCGUCAUCAGUGUCCUCGUUAGCCAGCAGGGUAAAGUUAAAGGUAUUGUGUGAGGAAUAAAAAUGUAUGAGCACGGACAAUCAAAUGUAAGCAUUAUUUCUGAAAUAUUUAUUGCUCCAGUUUUGGCUCGUAAACAAUUAUCACUCAGUUAUUUCAAAAGGGAACCGGUCAGGUUGAAAUUCCUUCUGAACUCUCCAGUUGAUUCAAUCCCUCAAUUCCCUAAGGGGCUGAUGUUUCAGUUGAAGCGGGAAUCGAACAAAGGGAAGUCAACAAGGACGUGUUAAAAACAAGAAUGAGACGUAGGGCAAGAGUCUUUCGGUGACUAAAAUAAAAAACGACUCACAAUUGUCAGGGAAUUGGAUCAGCCUGCACUUGUUUUCUCAAAUCUUUUUUAACAUUUUUUUUUAUUUUAUUUUUUUUUUUUAAACCGCAUACUGGUGCCCCCUUACAGGUUGCAACUGUGUACGUUCAAAAAAAAAAAAACCCCACACACACACUUUAGUACUAAAUAUUGUUCAAGCAAGAACUGAUUGAUCACACUUGCCAGUUUGCAUCGAGCUUGCCAUUCACCCCUCUUUAAAAAUUGUUUUUCCUCUGAAGAAUUCUUUUUUUUUUUUUAAGUGACAAAGAAAUAGUGCAUCAGAAAUAUGCUAGAUUUACAAAACCAGAACGGAAUAUUUUAGUGACGUGUGCUACUUCUCAACAUGCUGCUGCUAACUGUUUGUGAAGAACUAGCUCAUCUCUUUAACCAUGUCCAACACUCAUUUAAGUUUCGUUAUUUUUUCCCUUUUUUUUUUUUUUUUUAGGUUCCCUGAUGUGAAUGUGUAUCUGUUUGGCGUGUGUGAGCGUGUGAAGUCCUUUCUGAGUGAUAAGGUAGCUGGUUGAAUUGUUUGGAUGUCUGCUACAUAUAGUGUAAGCAUUGUGACUGCAAAAUAAAUGUCAUUGGUUUGUA